CACGUGAGAGAGUGCCAUCAGGAGCCAAGUCGAGGCUCUAUCUCGCUCCGUUCGUUGUGUCCGUCUUUUUUUCUCGUUAUCCAUACGUUUUACAAACUCCAAAAGUGAACGCAAUUAACAACUUCGCAGUUGAGGUUCGUGUGUGCUCUGAUUUACAGAAUUUCCCGUAGUGAUAAAAAAGAUAUUGACUAAGGCAAAAUGACGCUGCCAAAGAUAUCGAAUGUUGAAAAGGAGACGAAGUUUGGCUUCGUCUAUGCAGUCUCGGGACCUGUCGUUACAGCGGAGAAGAUGUCCGGAUCCGCUAUGUACGAGCUGGUGCGCGUGGGUUACCACGAGCUCGUCGGCGAGAUCAUUCGUCUCGAGGGCGACAUGGCAACAAUUCAGGUGUACGAAGAAACCAGCGGCGUUACCGUCGGCGAUCCAGUGCUGAGGACGGGCAAGCCGUUGUCCGUCGAGCUGGGCCCUGGUAUCUUGGGCAGCAUCUUCGACGGUAUCCAACGUCCACUCAAGGACAUUAACGAGCUGACCAAAUCGAUCUACAUACCUAAGGGCGUCAACGUGCCCUGUCUGUCGCGCACCGCUUCCUGGGAAUUUAAUCCCCAAUUCAUCAAGAUCGGUAGUCACAUUACUGGUGGCGACAUAUACGGCAUCGUACACGAGAACACCCUCGUCAAGCACAAGAUGAUCUUGCCUCCCAAGAGCAAGGGCACCGUCACUUACAUCGCUCCCCCCGGCAAUUACAGCGUCACUGACGUCGUUUUGGAAACGGAGUUUGACGGCGAGAGGACAAAGUACACCAUGCUUCAGGUUUGGCCGGUGCGUCAACCACGUCCGGUUACAGAAAAAUUGCCAGCCAAUCAUCCUCUGCUCACUGGACAGCGAGUCCUGGAUUCCCUGUUCCCUUGCGUCCAGGGUGGUACGACUGCCAUUCCCGGUGCCUUCGGUUGCGGCAAGACCGUCAUCUCGCAAGCCCUGUCCAAGUACUCCAAUUCCGACGUCAUCAUCUACGUAGGUUGUGGUGAACGUGGUAACGAGAUGUCCGAAGUAUUGCGGGACUUUCCCGAGCUCACCAUUGAAACCGACGGUGGCACCGAAUCCAUCAUGAAGCGUACUGCUCUAGUGGCCAAUACCUCCAAUAUGCCCGUGGCUGCUCGUGAGGCUUCCAUCUAUACUGGUAUCACUCUGUCAGAGUACUUCAGGGACAUGGGCUACAACGUAUCGAUGAUGGCUGACUCGACAUCCCGAUGGGCUGAGGCUCUUCGAGAAAUCUCCGGUCGUCUCGCUGAGAUGCCUGCCGAUUCAGGCUACCCUGCUUACCUUGGUGCUCGUCUUGCCAGCUUCUAUGAGAGAGCCGGAAGAGUCAAGUGUCUCGGUAAUCCGGAUCGUGAAGGUUCGGUCAGUAUUGUUGGUGCUGUAUCACCUCCAGGUGGUGAUUUCUCAGAUCCAGUGACCAGUGCUACAUUGGGUAUCGUGCAGGUAUUCUGGGGUCUUGACAAAAAACUUGCCCAGCGCAAGCAUUUCCCGUCCAUCAACUGGCUCAUUUCCUACAGUAAAUACCUGCGUGCUCUCGACGACUUCUACGACAAGAACUUCCAAGAGUUCGUACCUCUACGUACCAAAGUCAAGGAGAUUCUUCAAGAGGAGGAAGAUUUGUCGGAAAUCGUGCAACUCGUCGGUAAGGCAUCUCUUGCCGAGACCGAUAAGAUUACCCUUGAGGUUGCCAAGCUUCUCAAGGAUGAUUUCUUGCAGCAGAACAGUUAUUCGCCGUACGAUCGUUUCUGUCCGUUCUACAAGACCGUUGGCAUGUUGAAGAAUAUGAUUGCAUUCUACGACAUGGCCAGGCACGCUGUUGAGUCGACGGCACAGUCUGAUAAUAAAAUCACGUGGAACGUCAUUCGGGACAGUAUGGGAAAUAUCCUGUAUCAGCUUAGUUCCAUGAAGUUCAAGGAUCCCGUGAAAGAUGGAGAGGCAAAGAUCCGAUCCGACUUCGACCAACUGCAUGAAGACAUUCAGCAGGCGUUUAGGAAUUUAGAGGAUUAAAUUAUCACGAUACGCGUGAAAUCAUUGUUAUGGUACUGCCUGGAAUUCCAGUGUGUGUGUAUGUAUGAGCAACAAAAAACAAAAACAAAAAGUGAGUACUAUUCACGGAAACUAUUCCAGUUGCAGUCGUUUGGGGUUGUUCCAAUCGUAACGAAAAGGAAAAAAAAGGCUAUUACGUCAUCGUACCAUUGAAAAAAAAGAAAAAAAGAAAAAAAAAAGUAAUAAUUAUAAUGCUUAAGAAAGUAAAAUAUUAAUAAGAAAGCAGUCGCGUUUGCUCGCGUAUGGCUUAUUACGUUUUUAUUAGGCCAACGUAGUGUUUAUUCAUUGAGUAUACUGUUUUAUGAGUUUUAAAAUGCAUAUAAAAUACACACACGCUUCGUGCGUGGAGAGUGCUAUCAAAACAUUCCAUAGCAUAUCCGAACACCACGCGAGAGAGAAUCCUAGUUUAGAAAAAUUCAUUGAAUGCUAUUCAAUAAUCUAUUGUACAUUAAUUGUAAACUGAUAAUGAAUUUGCUAGUUUUAUUUUUAUUUUUAUUUAUUUUAUUUUUUUUUUAAAUGCAAUUUUAAUCGGGACUAUUUCAUGUUUGUGGUAUAAUUGGUGAAUUGUCUAUUUUAAUCGAUCAUGCGCGGUGAUUCAAUAAUUGUAUUUUAAAGAAAACACUCAUUUUUAAAAUAGUAAGUUCCUAAUUUUUAAACCGAAAGGAAUAGAAAAGUAGACGAAUUUGUGUAUUGAAGAUGGUGGUCUAUCCUGUAUAUUUAUUCUGUGUAACAUAAGAAUUUUUAUUGAAAUCUAAACAAUUGUUAUUUGAACUGCAAAAAUUGCAGCUCUUGAUGAACAAAAUGUUUUAAAUCUAUAGAAUUACUUUUGUUUUCAAUUGACUUUUCUAAUCUGGAUCACGUUUUCCCAAUCAACAGUUAAAUGUAUCUAUUUAAUGCAAACAUCAGUUUCAUUUUUUUAACUAUGAUGCACAUUUCAUAUACCAUUUAUUUUGUCAUACGGGAUGCACGUUUGUAUCUACCCAAAAUAUUUAUUGAAUUUAAAUAUUUUUUUAAUAACUCAGUAUUUUAACUAACAAUUAAUUGAAAACACAAAAAAAAACUGUUGAAAAAGAAGCUGAUUGGAAUGGACUAUAGAACGCUUUACUACUAUUGUUUAAAAAAAAAAAUUGUUGCUAGUACAACUGCAGUGAAUUGAAAGUCAUAUUAGCCAUCUCCUAAUUUCUGACAGUUUUCUAUUUUAACUUUGUACAAUAUACUUCAAAAUUACGGGAUACUUGCAAUUUAGUUGUGCGCAAUAAAUUCGAGGUGUGUAAAUGAGCACUUUUGUCGGUGUGCGCAACAACUUUUAUAAAAUGAAAUAAAUUGGAUGAAAACGAGACCAAUACUUGAUGAAUUAAUCAAUCUCGCCGCUUUUUAGUCGAGUCUGUAAAUUGAAUUGUACUUUUCAUCCCCCCAAACCUACAUCCUUACGUACAUAAUAAACUAUAAUGUGGUGCUCACUAUAUAUAAUUAUUGUUUAGUAACCUGGGAAAUAGUCGUCCAUGUAAUUAACGUUUUUCUUCUCAUUAUAUAUUCGAACAUAAAAGUAAUUUAUUAGACAGAAUGAAUGUGAUAUGAAUUGUCAUGAUGUCGGUCUAAUUUUUUACUAUCCUAGUACGACUGUAUGUGUAGACAAAGGAGUUAUUGAUGCUAUUUUUUUGUUUGUUUUUGAUCUGAUAAAUUUUCUUUUUUCGAUUAAAAAACUAUACUCAGAUUUGCGAUGAAAGGCGCUACUAAAUUACUUGGAGGGAAUGUAAUUUUAACUCAUAAAAAAAAAAUUUAAUUGAGAAACGUUCAAGUCUAGCUGUCACCGUACACCCCAUUUAAGACAAUAAAAGAAGUAAGAAAAUUGAGUAAAGCAAAUGGGACGACCCUAAACGUCAGUUAUUGAAAAUAUUAACGAAAAAGAUAAAAAAAUUUUAAAACGUACGAAAAAAAAAAAAAAAAAUACAAAAAAAUAUAUUAUUGUGUUUUAAAUAAUUGUAAAGUGUAAUAUUCCUAUGUUUUAACGACGAUCGUUGUAUCAACUGAAGCAUGCGAUCUCGGUAGCAAUGAUUACAUUUAUCUCUCGUAGAUCAAAAAUCUUUUUUUCUGUACUAUCAAAUAAUAUACGUCUAUCUCUUACUUUUACUUUAUAAGUACACGAUUUACGAUUUCUUGCUGUCUCUUCAAAUUAUGAUAAUCGCUACAAUAAGUUAUAAUUCAUGAGAAAAACAUUCAAGGCUAGAGAUUCUCCAUAUUCAGUCAAAAUUUUGCUUUUAAGGGCCGUUAAUUAUAUCUGCAUCCAUUUAAGUGUGUGCAUGUUUCAAUUAAAGAUUUUCCAAAACUGUAUGCUAAUUCUUAACGUAAGAAUAUUCUUAGUUAUGAAUCAUAAAACUAGCAAGUUCUCUGUAAUUUAGGGGAUUCUUUUGUGCAUUUCGUUUGGCAGGCCCAUGAUAAUAUAUCGACGUUGUCACUCCUCUUAAAACAGAAUCAUCUUUGAUUGUAUGCUAUUUUGAUUUUGCCAUUAAUAUAAAAUGCACAAACUGCGCAGACAAACAAGCUAUAAAAGAAAAAAGUCAAGCAACGAUUACGAUUCCAACUGAAAUUAUAUAUAAAUUUAUUAAUAAAUGUACUAUAUGCCGAGAUAAAAAAAAAGAACAAAAUUGGCAUCGUUUGGUGGGAUUGAAAAAGCUUUACUGUUCGUCUGUAAUGAUACCACAUAUAUGUAUAAAAAAAAAAAAGAUAAAGUUUAAACAUAUGGCCUUGACGUGACAAGCUUUUUCAACCCAUUUCUUAUGUGCGAAACGAUCAUGUUCGAAAUGAGAGCUAUGAGAAAUCUGUAUUUGAAUUGUGGAGUAUUAUCUAUUGUAUCAUAUAUAUUAUGUUAUUAUAUAUCAACGUAACAGAAAGUAUACAUAGGCGUUAAAUAAUGUUAUGCAAUGUUAAUAUAGACGAGUUUUAAGAUGAUAGGAUCAAAACAAAAAAAUAUAAGUGAAAGAACAUCAUAUUUCAAACACCAAUGAAUCAUUGAAUCUUAACUUUAAACAACCCAUGUCCAAAAAAUUAAAAAGACCGUUGUAGGUAUUUUUUCAGUGCAUAUGUACGUAUGUGUAUGUAUGCACAGCUUUUUAGUUUUUAUCUUAAAACAUCAUAAGUACAUACAAUAGUUAUGUUGAAACUUAAACUUGAGCUAAAACUUAAAUUAAAAUGCUGUCUAAAAA